UUUUGCAAUAAAUUUAAAUGACACUAACUCUGCAAUAUGCAGCUUUUGCAAAACAGUUAUAUCCAGAGGUGGCGGCAGAAUUUCUCAGUCAUAAACAACAUCGAACAAGUUAAAGCAUUUAAAUACUUUUCAUAAAUCUGAUAUCAAAAAUCAGAAACAGGAUAAAGCUAGAAUUAUCGAUUUUGAUAUAUGCGCGGACAGCUCUACUGCAGGACCACUUUUUAAAUCCAGUUCUAACCCUGCCUGUGAUACUCCUACGGCCAUGCCAAGAGAGCCUCGAUCCUCUACACUCACAUCCGUAUUCACAAGUCUCGGCCCUAAGUCUGAGGAGGUGGAGAUCGAUACUAGAAGCUCUUCUUCUACACUUAGUUCUUUAAAAAUGAAGCUCAGAUCUUCAUCUUCUAAACAACCAACAAUACAACAAGUGCUUUCAAAGACCAGGCCUCUCACAUCUACAGAUCCGAAGGCAAUAAAGAUUACAAGUCUUAUUGCAGAAAUGAUAUGCACAGAUAACCAACCUGUUAGUAUAGUAGAAAAUCCUGGUUUCAAAAGGUUAUUACAGUUUUUAGAGCCAAGAUAUACAAUACCAAGCAGAAAAUACUUCUCGACUAUUGAAAUUCCUAACAUUUAUCAGAAGGUAUCAAGAAAAAUUCGUUUCUUGGCAGAGAAAGCUGAUUAUGUUAGUAUAACUACCGACAUGUGGAGCUCCACAGCCAAUGUUGAUUACAUGAGCUUAACAGCACAUUUCCUCACAGAAGAUAUGAAACAAAUUCAUAUUUGUCUUGACGUGGUACCUCUUCCUUACGAGUCCCACGCUGCAGACAAUCUUGUUAAAUUUAUUAAUGAUUCACUUGAGCGUUGGGGACUACUUGAAUAACUAAAUGUAGUUGUAAGAGAUAAUGCCAGAAAUAUUGUCUCUGCUAUGGAAGUAGGGAAGUUUUUAAGCAUUCCUUGUCUUGCUCAUACACUUCAGUUGGUUGUCAAAGAUGGGUGUCUUGACAAUGAACGCAUUUCUUUACUAACUGCUACAUGUAGAAGAAUAGUAGGACACUUUAAACAUUCAGUUAAAUCUUACAAACUUUUGAGACAAUCUCAGAAGAUAUUAGGACUUCCUAAACAUAGCAUUAUUCAAGAUGAGCCAACUAAAUGGAAUAGCACCUUCCACAUGCUAAACCGUUUAAUUGAACAAAAUGAUGCGAUUCUGUUGGUAACGCCACAUUUCCCAAAAGCUGCUCGACAAAACAAAGAAUUGUCAACCAAAGAAUGGGACAGUUUGGUUUCUCUCGUUGCUGCUUUAAAAGUUUUUGAAGACGUCACGCUUACUGCAAGUUCAUCGAAAGUGACCACAUCAAAAGUUAUCCCAAUAAUAAAUGCAGUUAACAUGUCACUUGAUCACAUUAAGGACUACGGAAACUUCAAAGAAUCUCUUUGUGAAUCUUUGCAUCGUCGUUACGGAGACUGCGAGAACGAACCUAUAUAUGCUUUUGCAACAAUACUAGAUCCCAGAUUUAAAAACAAAAUUUUUAGGAGGAGGACGAUGGCUGAGAAAGCUGUUACUUUAUUGAUCGGUGAGUUAAAUGCACUGGACAAAGACGAAAGUCUUGCAAUUAAAGUUGCUGAAAAUCAUAAACGAACCACACCUGCUCUAGGUGCUGUCUGGUCAUUAUAUAACCAAAUAAUCAAUACAAAUUCUGAAAGACAUACUGCGUAUUGCACUAUGUCAGACGAAGUAGCAGUGUACUUGAAAGAACCUCUACUCGUAAGUUACGAAGACGUAUUUGAUUACUGGAGGAAUUCCAAAUUUUUUAAUAUGAAAAAACUAGCACAGUAGUAUUUAGGAACGCCUCUAUGUACAGUGUUUUCAGAGCGGUUAUUUAGUACUGCAGGGCUUAUCUGCGACCGGAAAAGAAGCCGGUUAACUCCAGAACGAGUGCAAAUGUUUGUGUUUUUGAACAAAAACCUGCCGUUUCUAAACUAUCAGUACUAAUGGUAGUAACUUAUGUAAAUGCUGAAAAUAUAACAUUCUGUUGAUCUGAUCACUAUUCAUUACUUAUGACUUUAUUAUUUGUUUCUUAUUAACAAUAAGA